AUGUCUAACGCUGAAGUUCUAGUUUUGAGAGGUACCUUGGAAGGUCACAACGGUUGGGUCACUUCUUUGGCCACUUCCGCUGGUCAACCAAACUUGUUGUUGUCCGCUUCCCGUGACAAAACUUUGAUCUCAUGGAAAUUGACUGGUGAUGACCAACAAUACGGUGUCCCAGUUAGAUCUUUCAAGGGUCACAGCCACAUCGUCCAAGACUGUGCUUUGACUGCUGACGGUGCUUACGCUUUGUCUGCUUCUUGGGAUAAGACUUUGAGAUUGUGGGACGUUGCCACCGGUGAAACUUACCAAAGAUUUGUCGGUCACAAGUCCGAUGUCAUGUCUGUUGCCAUUGACAGAAAGGCCUCUAUGAUCAUCUCCGGUUCCCGUGACAAGACCGUCAAGGUCUGGACUAUCAAGGGUCAAUGUUUGGCUACCAUGUUGGGUCACAACGACUGGGUUUCCCAAGUUAGAAUUGUCCCAACCGAAGAUGUUAACGAUGACACCGUCACCGUUAUCUCUGCUGGUAUGGACAAGAUGGUUAAGGUAUGUUUAUCUUUUAUUUUUCUUUUGUGCAAAAUGGUGCGUUGUCUUCCCUUUCAAAUGAUGUAUUCAAGAUAUUUGCUACUUCGGACAGGGCUAUAG